CGCGCAAACGGUGGGCCUCACCUGGGCUCCGAGAAGAGGCGCGCCAGGCCUGGCAGGCCGGAUCCCGCAAGUGCCUGCGUCUCGGCACGCUCCGUCACUCACCUCCGAGACUCCCCCUCCUCUGCCGCUGCGCCCGCUUACGGCUGGGUGGGCGCUUCUCCGCGACACUUUGCAGACGCUCCCCAACGCUGGGCAUGGGCGCCGCCACCACCGUCGGUCCCUGGGCUGGAGUCCUUGCGCGGACCAUGGCUCCAGGCCGGUGAUCCCUCCCAACUCCAGAGGAACAGGUACUCCACCUCUCCAGGAGCUGAUUACAUUUGGUGACCUGUUUCUGUCCAGUGCCCCUGAGGGCUCAGCUGCUGGGUCUGCUGGAAGCCUCGCUAUGAAUGACCGAAGCAACCGUAGGCGGACAAUGAAGGACGAAGAGACCUUUGAGAUCUCCAUCCCCUUCGAAGAGGCACCCCACUUAGACUCACAGAUCUUCUACAGUCUGAGUCCCUCUCAGAGAAAUUUUGAGGAGCCUCCAGAGGCCACCUCCCCGACCCUGGCCCUGAUGAACAGCGUCAAGGCCCAGCUGCACAUGGCCCUGGAGAGGAACUCCUGGUUGCAGAAGCGCAUUGAGGACCUGGAGGAGGAGAGGGACUUCCUGCGGUGUCAGCUGGACAAAUUCAUUUCCUCAGCCCGGAUGGAUGCAGAGGACCACUGCCGGAUGAAGCCUGGGCCACGGAGGGCUGAUGGGGACAGCCGGGCUGGGCUUGGGGGAGAAGCUUCAGACCCUGAGUCAGCAGCCUCCUCCUUCAGCGGGGCGUCCGAAGAGGGCAGUGCCAGUGAAAGGAAGAGGCAGAAGGCGAAGGGAAGCACUGGCCGGCGGCGAUUUGGGAAGCCCAAGGCUCGAGAGAGGCAGCGGGUGAAGGACGCUGAUGGGGUCCUCUGCCGCUACAAGAAGAUCCUGGGCACCUUCCAGAAGCUCAAGAGCAUGUCUCGAGCCUUUGAGCACCACCGUGUGGACCGGAACACGGUGGCGCUGACCACGCCCAUCGCGGAGCUGCUCAUUGUGGCUCCCGAAAAGCUGGCUGAGGUGGGAGAGUUCGACCCAUCCAAGGAGCGCCUGCUGGAGUACUCCCGCCGCUGCUUCCUGGCGCUGGACGACGAGACUCUCAAGAAGGUGCAGGCUCUCAAAAAGAGCAAGCUCCUCUUGCCCAUCACCUACCGCUUCAAGCGGUGAUGCCGCCGCCUCCGACG